AUGCCUCCACCUUGCACCUUCCUGUGCCCAGCCAUAGUCAACCCCACCAUGUUCUUCAACAUCACUGCUGAUAUUGAGCCUUUGGGCAACAUCUCCUUCAAGCUGUUUGCAGACAAAGUCCCAAACACAGCAGAAAACUUUCAUGCUCUAAGUUCUGAGGAGAAAGGAUUUAGUUAUAAGGGCUCCUGCUUUCAUAGAAUUAUUCCAGGAUUUAUGUGCCAGGGUGAUAACUUCACACACCACAAUGACACAGGCAGAAAGUCCAUCUACAGGGAGAAAUCCGAUGAUGAGAAUUUUGUCCUGAAGCAUACAGGUCCUGGCAUCUUGUUCAUGGCAAAUGCUGGACUCAAGACAAAUGGUUCCCAGGUUUUCAUCUGCACUGCCAAGACUGAGUGGCUGAAUGGCAAGCAUGUGGUCUUCAGCCAGGUGAAAGAUGGCAUGGAUGUUGUGACAGCCAUAGAGCACUAUGGCUCCAGGAAUGGCAAGACCAGCAAGAUAAUCGCCAUCACUGACUGUGAACAACUGUAA